CCUGAAAAAUCUUAAAGAGAGAGAGCGGGGGAGAGAAAGAGAAAGGGAGGCUGUGGGUUUUCUUCUUUCUUUUCCUUUGAUUCUUUUGGGGCUCUGUGGUUUCUGGUUUUGAAUCAAAGGGAGAGAGAGAAACAGAGAGACGAGGAGGAGGAGGAGAGAGAAAGCUUGGCAUUCUUUCUCUCUCUUCUGUGAUUUUUCUCAUUUUCUGGGAGGAAUUUAGGGUUUGGUUGAAUCAAAUAGAAGAAACGAAGAUGAAUAUGAUGCGAAGGCUUAAGAGCAUUGCCUCGGGUCGGACCUCUGUUUCAUCGGAGCCUGGCGUGGAUUCUAUUACAAAGAGAGCAAAGGUUGACCAAGAAACUGAGAAGAAGGCUAAUAAACAGUCAAAUACUGUUGAGAAAAGUGCCACCAGUCUCGAGCAGCAUACUGUUCCAACAUCACUGGAAACUGUUGCAAGCACAUCUGAUGUAUCUUCAAUAGCUAAGACAGAGGCCAAAGAAGAAAAGUCAAGUUAUGAUCAGCUUCCCAAAGAAAUGAAUGAAAUGAAAAUUAGAGAUGAGAAGGCCAACAACCAUGAUGAAAAGGAUAUGGAAGAAACUGUUAUAAAUGGUAAUGGAACAGAAACUGGUCAUAUAAUUGCAACAACAGUAGGAGGCCGGAAUGGACAACCUAAACAGACAAUUUCAUAUAUGGCAGAGCGUGUAGUUGGCACUGGUUCAUUUGGAGUUGUCUUUCAGGCUAAAUGUCUGGAAACAAGUGACGCAGUUGCAAUAAAAAAGGUGCUGCAGGAUAAAAGAUAUAAAAAUAGAGAACUUCAAAUUAUGCGUUUACUUGACCAUCCUAACGUUGUCCAGUUGAAGCAUUGCUUCUUUUCAACUACUGACAAAGAUGAGCUGUACCUUAACCUUGUCCUCGAGUAUAUAUCUGAAACUGUUUACCGAGUUUCAAAGCAUUAUAUCAGGAUGAACCAACAUAUUCCCAUUAUUUAUGUGCAGUUGUAUACAUACCAGAUUUGUCGCGCAUUAAAUUAUUUACACCAUGUUAUUGGUGUGUGUCAUCGUGACAUUAAGCCACAAAAUUUGCUGGUGAAUCCCCACACGCAUCAGCUAAAGAUAUGUGAUUUUGGGAGUGCAAAGAUGUUGGUGCCAGGUGAAUCCAACAUAUCAUACAUUUGUUCACGAUAUUAUAGGGCUCCAGAACUUAUAUUUGGGGCUACAGAAUAUACCACUGCAAUUGAUAUGUGGUCUGUUGGUUGCGUAUUUGCUGAGCUUCUUCUUGGACAGCCACUGUUUCCCGGGGAGAGUGGUGUUGAUCAGCUGGUGGAGAUUAUAAAGAUUCUUGGGACACCAACCAGAGAAGAAAUAAAGUGCAUGAAUCCGAAUUACACUGAGUUUAAGUUCCCUCAGAUCAAAGCUCACCCAUGGCACAAGAUAUUUCACAAGCGAAUGCCCCCUGAAGCAGUGGAUCUUGUGUCAAGGCUGCUCCAGUACUCACCAAAUCUACGUUGCACAGCUUUGGAGGCAUGUGCUCACCCCUUCUUUGAUGAUUUGAGAGACCCAAAUGUAAGCUUGCCCAAUGGACGAGCAUUACCUCCUUUGUUCGAUUUCACGGCUCAAGAGUUGGCGGGCGCUUCCACUGAACUCCGACAUCGUCUAAUCCCUGAGCAUGCUAGGAAUUAAUUAUUGAAACUGAGGGGGUCAUAAAUGUACACGAUGUAAAUGCAGUUUUGAUUGCUUGGAUGCUCACAUGAGCCAUGCUGCCUUGCACCCAAAGGGUCUGCUGUCUCUUGUUCCUUUCAGAUCAGUCAUGGCAGAACUAUGCAUCGGAGAUAAGUUUCUGGCAGGCUGUUCGUACAAAUGGAUCUUGCGGGUGGAAUUUUCAGGUGGGGGUGGAGUGGGACUGCUUGGCACAGAGAUUCCAAGAUUAAAUUUUUUACAAUGUAAUGUUGUAUGCCUCGACUGAAAGAUGAGUUCUUACGUAUAUGUUAAUCAUGUUGUCAUAUAUAGUGUUCUAAGAAUAUUGUGGAGACUAACUUAAAUGGGAUCAUUUAGAUAAAAUUAGGUUCUCAUUGUAUACUGUUCCCCACUAUUUACAGAGAAAUUCAAAUAUUCGAGUUGAUUCCCCAA